UCAAAAAAGCAUCAUCAUUGCCGGACAAAAAAACUUUCAAAGAACUUUGAAUAAUCCUUAAGUGCAUCAUCUGUUUGUUGGCUAAUUCCUAAAGAUGUCUUCACGUUACGAUCGCGCCGUUACCAUUUUCUCCCCUGACGGACAUUUGCUUCAGGUGGAAUAUGCCCAGGAAGCCGUCCGCAAGGGCUCGACAGCGGUUGGUGUUCGCGGCGGUAGCUGCGUUGUGCUGGGCGUGGAAAAGAAGUCUGUCACCAAGCUGCAGGAGGACCGCACAGUUCGCAAAAUUUGCAUGCUCGACCACCACAUCACAAUGGCCUUUGCCGGCCUCACCGCUGAUGCGCGCAUUUUGAUUAACCGUGCUCAAGUUGAGUGCCAGAGCCAUCGCCUCAAUGUUGAGGACCAAGUUACUUUGGAGUACAUCACUCGCUACAUUGCACAGCUGAAACAGAAGUACACUCAGAGCAAUGGUCGCCGUCCCUUUGGUAUUUCCUGCCUGAUUGGCGGCUUUGAUGGCGAUGGCUCGGCACAUUUAUUCCAAACCGAGCCUUCUGGUAUUUUCUACGAAUAUAAGGCAAACGCUACGGGUCGCUCGGCCAAGACUGUGCGCGAAUUCUUCGAGAAGAAUUAUCGCGAGGAAGAUGUGGCCGCCGAGAAGGGUGCCGUCAAGCUGGCCGUCCGCGCCCUGCUCGAGGUGGCACAGUCGGGCCAGAACAACCUGGAGGUGGCCGUCAUGGAAAACAACAAGCCAUUGAAGAUGCUGGACCGUGAAGUCAUCCAGGAAUAUGUUAACAUCAUCGAGAAGGAGAAGGAAGCGGAGUUGGAAAAGAAAAAGCAGAAGAAGUAACACACCCGGCACUCUUCAACAGAAUGCCUACAAUUCGAACGUUUUCCAACUUCAGGAUCACUGCAAAAAUUCCCCUUAACAUUAUCUCUCACUCACAUUCAGUCUCUUUAUCCGAUUACCACCACACAGAAUCACUUAACACAAUAUUCAUUAGCAUAUAAAAUAUGUAAAUUUCAUAUAAGAAAUUGUUGGGAGCUUUUGCAGUUUUCAUUGACUUGGAGAAUGUUCUGCGCCACAUCUCAUCGGGUGGCCUGAGCGCACUUUUUUAUAAAUUAAAUACUUUUCUACAUUUUGAAAUGUUGUAAAGUGGUUCAAAGCUACAUAAUUGAUUUGUAUAAAAUACAUGGUCUACCAUACACGAGGACAGAGA